GUUCUAGUGAACUUCUUCCCACAGCAUUGGAGGAAUAUACGAGGUGGAGACUCAAACACCGGACAAAUCGAGAAAUGGCAGGAAAACAUCCAGAUCUGUGGAUCGUUCUUCUCGGUAAGACUGGAUCAGGAAAGAGUGCGUCAGGGAACACCAUCCUGAACAGAGAUGCAUUUACAGUGAAAAACUCUCUGACGUCAGUUACAACGGUCUGUGAGAAACAAGAAGCAGUUGUAGAUGGGCAAACCGUAUCAGUUACUGACUGUCCCUGCCUGUUCGACACUUCAGCCAGUCACAGAAACCUACAGACUUUAAUACAUGAGUGUGUGCAUCUGUCUGCUCCUGGUCCUCGUGCGUUCCUGCUGGUUAUAAAACUGGGUGUGAAAUUCACAGAGGAGAAAAACUCAGUGAAAUGGAUUCGGGAGAACUUUGGAGAAGAUGCUGUGAAGCACACCAUCGUUCUGUUCACUCACGCUGAUGCACUGAAGGGUAAACCUGUAGAGCUCUACAUCAGCAAAAGCAGAGAUCUACAGGAACUGAUUCAGACCUGCUAUGGCAGAUAUCACGCGUUCAACAAUGAUCACAGAAAUGAUCGAGACCAGGUCACAGAACUGCUGAAAAUGAUAGAAAAGAUGGUAAAUUUCAAUGGAGGGAAGCCCUACUGUGACAAAUAUUGA